AUGAAGUUGGCGUUUGAUCUUGUUAUCUUUGGCCUGCUUGCCAGGUUGGCUCAUGCUGCGAGCUUGGUCCGCCUCCCAAAUCAACAUGUUUUGGCUGGUGAGCUCGACAAUGGAGACCAGCCACCAACAAAACUUCCGCAUGAAGUCAGAAAGGCAUUGAAGAAAGCAGAGAUCAUUCCAACUGUCAUGGAUGACUUCGUCCCUACCUUGGACUUAAGAGUCAAGUGGUCCCAUGGUAACAAAGCGUCUUUGGGUAAUACUCUCAAGCCAAAAGACCUUCAGGAUCCCCCCUCCAUUCGUCUCAAGGACCUGGUGGCGUCUACAACAUGCCUUCGUCGCUCUAGCACAAGUCUCGUGAUUGUCAUUACCGAUCCCGAUGCCCCGUCCCGAGAUGACCCCAAAUGGUCUGAGUUCUGCCACUGGAUUGCUGUUGGUCCGCUCGUAACAGCGGAUUGUCCCAUCAGCGACGAACAAACCCAAAUCCAUGGAUGUUGUUCGUCCGUUUCACUCGGUACCUUGGAGGAUGUCGUGUCUUAUACACCCCCGGCUCCGCCUGAAAAGACCGGAAAGCACAGAUAUGUCAUCUUGGCCCUCGCGCCGGUCAAUGGAACGAGCGAGAAGCUGCAUUUGUCGAAACCCAAGGAGAGAAAGCGCUGGGGAUACGACAAACCGGUGAACGGCAAGACGCAUGGUGUAAGAGAUUGGGCAGUUGAGAAUGGACUGGUACCCUUUGCGGCGAACUUCAUCUAUGCGCAAAAUAAGAAACAGUGAUAUCGAUAAAUACUGAUUCAGUGAUGUGAGUGUUCUGGUCUAUGUGGAAAUGCAAAUCAUGUUGAUGGGCGUGAAAGAAGACAAAGAGAUGAGCAACAAAAGGCGACUGUUAGACGUACAAACACUCCCAUAGAACCUGUGCUUACUUAAACAAAGCUUCAAAAACCC